AAACAUUAGUGUCAAACCGGAAGAAAAUGAAAGCCACCUGGUCACACUUGCACCGCAAGCAAAACAACAAUCCACGUAAAAAGGUUCAAUUCGACGGCGAUUAUUUAUAAUUAUACGGAUGUCAACUGCCAGGAACCAAGAAUAUGACUGCACCACGAAGUGCAGACACCGCCAGCAUGGCAACAGCAUCACAGCGGCGCUAACGAAGCGUUCAAUCGACAACCAGAAGCUGGCGGCAUUUAUUUUUAAGACUUGCGGAAAUUUCGCCAAUAUUCUCGAUGACCUGGGGCGCUCGGCAGUUCACAUGUCCGCUUCGACGGGGCGGUACGAGAUCCUGGAGUGGCUCCUCAACCACGGCGCCUACAUUAACGGCCAGGACUUCGAGUCUGGCAGCACUCCCCUGCACCGGGCUCUGUACUACGGUUCCCUAGACUGUGCCGUGCUUCUGCUGCGGUAUGGCGCCAGCCUGGACCUCUUAGACGAGGACUCAAGGUGUCCCCUGCAGGCAAUUUGCCGUAAGUGCGACGACGACGAUGGCUUAGGCACAGAUUCGCAAAACGACGUCUUGGUCUGGGGUUCCAACAAGAACUACAAUCUUGGGGUUGCCAGCGAACAAAACUCCAAUGCGCCGCAGGUCGUGGAUUUCUUUCGCAAGUCUAGCAUUUACUUGGAGCAGGUUGCCCUGGGCGCCUAUCACAGUCUCUUCUGCGACAAAAAGGGGCACCUGUACGCCGUGGGACACGGCAAGGGUGGUCGCCUGGGCAUCGGAGCGGAGAACAGCCUGCCAGCACCCAAGCGCGUGAAGGUCUCCUCCAAGCUGGGAGACGACUCCAUUCGCUGCAUCAGCGUCUCCCGCCAACACUCGCUGGUGCUCACGCACCGCUCGUUGGUUUUCGCCUGCGGGCUCAACAGCGACCAUCAGCUGGGCGUGCGUGACGCACCCGAGCACCUCGCUCAGUUCAAAGAAGUGGUCGCCUUGCGUGACAAGGGUGCCAGCGACCUUAUGCGCGUGAUUGCCUGCGAUCAACACUCCAUCGCCUACGGCAGCAGGUGUGUCUACGUCUGGGGGGCCAAUCACGGUCAGUUUGGCAUCAGUGCAAACACGUCCAGUAUUAUGGUUCCCACAAUGAUCAAGCUGCCAGCUAAGACCACCAUUCGCUUUGUAGAGGCCAACAAUGCAGCCACGGUAAUUUACAGCGAAGAAAAGAUGAUAACACUCUUCUAUGCCGACAAGACUAGAUACAUUAAGACUCCAAACUACGAGGAUCUCAAGAGCAUAUCGGUGAUGGGUGGUCACUUGAAGAACUCCGCCAAGGGCUCGGCGGCAGCUCUGAAGCUACUGAUGCUCACCGAAACUAAUGUGGUGUAUCUUUGGUAUGAGAACUCACAGCAAUUUUAUAGAUGUAAUUUCUCGCCCAUCCGACUGCCAGAGAUUAAAAAAAUCCUCUACAAAUGCAAUCAGGUAAUGGUUCUUUCUGAAGAUGGCUGCGUUUAUCGCGGCAAGUGCAAUCAGAUCGCUUUGCCCGCCUCCGCGCUGCAGGAGGAGAGGUCCCGGCCCAAUCUAGACAUCUGGCAGAACAAUGAUCAGAAUAAAACGGAAAUCUCCCGCGAGCAUGUUAUCCGCAUCGAGCUGCAUCGCGUACCUAACAUCGACCGGGCCAUCGAUAUUAACUGCGACGAGGGCUUUUCCUCGUUUGCCGUACUGCAGGAGUCGCACAAAAAGUAUUUCCGGAAGCCCCAACUGCCACGCAGGGAGCACAGCUUUAAGAAGCUGCUGCACGAAACCAGCGAUUGUGAUGCCGUCCACGAUGUGGUGUUCCAUGUAGACGGCGAGAAGUUUCCCGCCCACAAGUUCAUCAUUUACAGCAGGGCUCCGGGACUCAGAGAGCUAAUACGUUGCUAUUUAGACAAGGAUAUCUACCUCAAUUUGGAGCAUUUAACGGGAAAGAUGUUUGAACUGGUCCUCAAGCACAUUUACUCAAGCUACUGGCCCACUGAAGAUGAUAUUGACUGCAUUCAGCAGAGUUUGGGCCCUGCGAAUCCCCAUGAGCGGCGACGCACCUGCGAGAUGUUCCUAACGCAUUUGGAAAAGUUCGAACUGGUCGAUUUGGCCAAGUAUGUGCAGAGCUAUGUGCGCGACCAUCAAUUCCCACUUCCUAGUGCCCGUCAGCGAUUUAGUCGCUUGCAUCGGUCCGAUUUCCCCGAGCUCUACGAUGUGAGGAUUGUGUGCGAGGACGGCAAGGUACUGGAGGCCCACAAGUGCAUGCUGGUUGCUCGACUGGAGUACUUUGAGAUGAUGUUCAUGCACAUGUGGGCGGAGCGCUCUUCGGUAACCAUGGAGGGAGUGCCCUCGGAAUAUAUGGAGCCGGUGCUAGACUAUCUUUACUGCCUUGAAACCGAGACUUUUUGCAAGCAGGGCUAUCUGGAGACGUUUCUGUACAACAUGAUUACCAUUUGCGAUCAGUACUUCAUCGAGUCACUGCAGAAUGUGUGUGAGGUGCUCAUUCUGGACAAGAUCAGCAUACGCAAGUGCGGCGAGAUGCUCGAAUUUGCAGCCAUGUACAACUGUAAGUUGCUGCAAAAGGGAUGCAUGGACUUCAUCUGCCAAAACCUGGCUAGGGUGCUAUGCUAUCGCAGCAUAGAGCAGUGCGACGGUGAAACUUUAAAGUGCCUGAACGAGCACUACCAAAAGAUGUUCAAAAAGGUCUUCGACUACCGGCAGAUCACGCCUUUUUCGGAGGCCAUAGAAGAUGAGCUGCUACUCAGUUUCGUCGACGGUUGUGAGGUGGAUCUGGAAUAUCGAAUGGAUGCGGAAUCGAAGCUGAAACAAGCUGCUAAGCAUAAACAGAAGGAGUUACGCAAGCAGGAUGCCCGCCAUCAUUACGAACAGCAGGCCAUAUCGAGCAUGAUGAGAUCCAUAAGUAUCAGUGAGGCUGCAGAAUUGCCUGCAUCUCCAAAAGAAGCAGCUCACAGUGAGGCUAAGAACUGGUCACGAGUGGUGGAUAAGAAGGAGCAAAAGCGGAAGCAGGCCGAGACGGCAUUAAAAGUCAACAACACGCUUAAGCAGGAGGAGCCACCGACGCCUGUAAUGGUGGCCAUGGAGAGGACGCCCGUGAAGGAGCAAACACCACCUCCGUUAUCUCCUGAAAUGGAGCCUGGUACCAGCACGCCUCUGAACAAGAGCUAUAAUCUCGAUCUAAGCUCCCUCACGCCCCAGUCGCAGAAGUUGUCCCAGAAGCAGCGAAAGCGCCUCUCCUCUGAAUCGAAGAGUUGGCGUGCAAAUAAUUCACCUUUGGUUGAGCAAACCUCCACUCCAGUAGUUAUUCCGAAUGCCUGGGGUGUGACGACCACGCCAUCGAGUUCUUUUAACGACACCUUCAAUUCUCCAGCCACUGGUAGCAGCACGGAUCCUACCUCAUUCGCCAACAUGAUGAGGGGUCAACAAGCUGCUGCCACAACUCCCACCGAGAAGGGUCAGAGUUUCUCACGCAUUCUGGCAGACGAGCGACGACAGCGGGAGUCAUACGAACGGAUGCGUAACAAAUCUCUAGUUCAUACUCAGAUCGAGGAGACGGCCAUAGCCGAACUCAGGGAGUUUUACAACGUGGACAACAUUGACGACGAGACCAUUACCAUUGCCCGCGUAUCUAGGCCCAGUGACAUUAACUUUAGCACUUGGCUGAAGCAGUGAAUCGUCGUGUAAACGCUCUACCUUUUAAGGUAGCUCAGCUAUCGAUUUAUACUGCGAACGGGGGGUGGACAUCAAAUGUAGAACUCGGAGCCGCCUGG